AGGUCAAUUGAUGAGCCCAUCUUAAACCUAGAUUCAUCACCCUCGUCUUCAUUCUCUGCAAUCUAGGGUUUCAGAUUGAAGUUUAUCAGCCCCAAAUUUAAGUAGGGGUGCUUUUUCUCCGCAGCAUUAUGAAGAAAAUUGCAGACUCAAAAAAUGCGCGUGAGAUGGACACAAAUCAGAAAAUCAAAGGCUCAAAUUCGAAGAAGAAGAUGAAGAAGAAUAUGCAAAGAUUAGGAGGAAGAGGAGGCUUAUCACUGGAAGCAUUUGCCAACGCCAAAACCAAGAGCAACAAUUACAACCCUGCCAUCAUAAAGAAGCAAAGGGAGUUCUAUAAGAAUGCCAAAUAUGUGAAUAAAUAUAAGAGGAUAGUUAAGCAACAAGGAGAGCCUUCUGAGGGUGCUAGACAACUAGAGGAUGAAGAAAAGAUUGAAAAAACUGAUAAGGUGGAUAACAGAAAUAAGAAGAACCAGAAGUAUAGUGCUCGAAGCUUGAGAGAAGUAUAUGAGAGAAAACGGGAGGAGGAAGAGAAGGCAAGGAUGGAGAGAGAAGCCACUAUUCUAGCAAAGAAAGAAGAAAGACAGAGAGCUGAAUGUCGAAGGAAAAUGCUAAGGGAGAAAAUGUUCAAGAAAACUAAGUCUGGCCAACCUGUCAUGAAGUACAGAAUAGAACAUAUUCUGGAAACACUUCAAGGAUCAAAAGGUUAGGCUACCCCUCAACCCUCCCCCCAACCCAAGCCCCCAAAAUGGAGAAAACAGAGGUUAGGUUGUAGCAUUAUUCUUAUGUAUAUUGGGCUUUCUGGAUAUUUUAUAUACAUAUGACACACUGGAGGAUGUAAAAGUAACUGUGAUGAAUUAUUAUGUAAGCAGUGCUAUGGAAGUACGCAACGUAGCAAAAUUCAGUAGUUCUGUGAGAAUGUGAUACAAUCUAGAUAGCCAUCGAGCAUUGAAGGCUACUUUCAUAACGGGGCGGCUACAUGUAUAAUUUCGCCAACAAUUAAAGACCAUAUUACAUUUGGUGGCUAUAUUUGUAAUAUUUAGCUCCCUAGUGUAAAUAGCCCUUAAGGCUCUUUAUUUUAGGGUUAGCUUAUUUUGAUAUUGUGAAUGAAAACUUAUUGAGAGUGUUUAGGAUGAAUUCCUAUGUUGGUUGAUUACUUA